CGCCACAGCAAAAGUGUUCCCCGUCGUGACGUCCCAGACUUUGAGAAACGUUAAGAUCGCGGCUAACCGUUUGGUGUUAAUAGCUCACGCGUGACUCGCAGAAUUUAAUUAAGCGCGUUGUUUACAAUCGACUAAAUCGAUGGAACGAUACAACCUGUCAUCAAGUGAUUAAUCGUCGACAAUCCUCUGCAAUAUUUUGUGAAUCUACCGUGUGUAUGGCAUAAAAGAUAAACUUUCUGCCAAAAUCUACUGGAGGUAACAUGGGAAAAGACAUUUCGCGCGCCCCAACGAUGUUGUGGAAGCAAGCAACAGUUUUGCUACUAGCUUUGACGCUGUUGGCAUUUAUCCCAACCAUUUCCGCCAAUCAACUUAGAUCCGCACAACGAUUGAAAUGCUUGGGUUCAAACCGUGAAAAGACUCAAGAUAUUACACUCCAUCAGCGGUUAACGGCUCUACGCAACGAAAUGCGCACCCGAUCGUCAACACAAACGGCUGAAAUCGAUGCCUAUGUUAUAACAACUUACGAUGAGCACAUGUCCGAUCAGCUGAUGGACUCAGAUAAACGGUUAAAUUUCGUGAGUGGAUUUUCGGGACCCGGGCUGGCUGUGGUCACCCUCAGGUCUGCAGCCCUCUGGAUCGACAAAUGGCAACAUGAGCAAACGGAACAAGAGUUGAACUGUAACUGGAAAGUUUUCCAUAACGACGAGCAUGCCAUCGUUAGAGAAUGGAUCGCGAACGAACUGUCUCCAGAGUCUCGAGUAGGUGCUGACCCGCAUCUGAUGUCACACGGCAUGUGGCAUAGUCUGGAACGUCAGCUUGGCUUACACAAUAUCAAGCUUAUCAGAAUCCAGCGAAAUCUAGUUGACCUUGUUUGGGGCCCUCUAAAACCCGCUCCAAAGUCUAACUCCAUUAAAGUACAUCCGGUUCGCUUCGCUGGCGAACGUUGGGAUAGUAAAGUAAACAAACUGCGUUCGAACCUAACGGCACUUCGCUGUGAUGCCAUAAUUAUAACCUCACUUACGGAAGUGGCUUACGUUCUGAAUUUACGAGGAAGUGAUAUUCCAUACACACCGGUAUUCAAAGCCUAUCUAAUCGUCAGCAACCGGGAGAUAAUUCUGUACACUAAUCGCACUCAUAUGAACACCGGGUUGAUGAACCAUUUGAAGUCUCACAAUUGUCACAACUUGCAUUGUGUUCAAGUACGGGACUACCAGGAUGUGUGGCGAGAUCUUCGGACAUUAUCUCAACACUGGAAACGAGUUCUUGUUCCGUCUGCUGAUGUUUUUGAAAUGGGCGCUUCGGAGGCAAUUUACUCCGCCAUUCCACGGGAGCUAAUUCUGAACAAACCAUCGCCGAUUAUCCUUCUCCGAGCUCAAAAGAAUGAAAUAGAGAGACAGGGUAUGCUGAGAGCGCACAUCCGCGAUUCAGCCGCAAUGUGCGAAGCGCUGAGUUAUCUUGAAAAACGAUUUCUUGCAGGAGAUGACUUUACGGAGCGAUCGCUCGCACGAGAAAUCGAUCGACGUCGGAAAAUCCAAGAUCUUUCAGAAGGGGCUUCUUUCAGAACUGUGGUCGCAUUUGGUCCAAACGGCGGUGAUCCACAUUACACAAUAAGCAAUCACUCAAAUCAGGAAAUUAACGAAGAUAGCACGAUAAUCAUCGACUCAGGUGGUCAAUAUCACGACGGAACUACGGACGUAGCGAGAACUAUUCACUUGGGCGACCCAAAACCAAGCCACAUACAGGCAUAUACGAAUGUACUGAUCGGGCUUAUCCGAAUGUCGAUGACAAGUUUUCCGGAAAAUUUGAAACCUGCUGAACUGGAUGCCUUAGCUAGAGGACCUGUACAAACAAACAAGCAUGCAUUUCCCCAUGGUUCAGGCCACGGCAUUGGAUCUUAUCUUUCAGUUCGAGAAUCUCCGAUAAGUUCCUCCCAUACUGCAAAACAAAGGCAUAAUUUUAAGGAAGGUUAUUUCUUUGCGUAUGACCCGGGUUACUUCAUACCCACAGAUUUUGGUAUUAGAUUGGAAAAUGUACUGGAAGUGGUUGACACGGGGACGGUUCUGCCUUCUGGUCAUAAGUUUUUUUCAUUCCAGGACAUUACCUUAGUUCCCUUCGAACCGAAAUUGAUUGACAACGAAAUGUUGAGUACGACGGAGGUCAAAUGGAUUAAUGAUUAUAACGCCCGCAUUCGGCAGUUAGUAGGUGAUGAACUCAAACGGAAACAGAAAAUGGAUGGCUUCUACUGGAUGAUGAACAAAACACGAAACAUUCCCGACCCGGUUCAUUCAGGAAUUGAUAGUAGCCAUUGUCAGUCUGCAACUUUGAUAUUAUUCACAUUAGUAGCGAAUCUAUUGCACCAUUUACUAACUGCCGGUGGUUUCUAACCCGUCUGUCUGAUUCUGAAUGAGUCUUCAUUUCCCAAUAAUAAGCUCGGAACCCGAACGAAAAAUUUCUUAUCUGACUAUCCGUAGGUUAGAUAUACAUAGUUCAAAUGCACAGCCUGUUGACGUAGUUAUUUGCCAUAUAUAUGUUUAUUUAUGUUAAUUUCCUGAACACAGGGAAAAGUGAUAUUUUUAAAA